GAACCAUGGUAAAAGUGCCCAUUCCGCUGAUCGUCAUUACGCUCGUCUCCGCCUAUCCGGUUCUUGGUUGCGACUUUGGCCAUCACGACUGUUCCAUCGAUGUCACUGCGGAAAACUCCCUCCUCGUUGGUCAUAAAGAACCAGUCGACAAUGUCAUAGCCAGCUUUGCUAAGGUCCAUGCUGCACGAUCAAUCCCAAAGACGGAUCUCUCCUUUCAACCAUUGCAUGAAAGCCGAUCCUUAAAGAGACUCGUCGAAGAACGUCCCCCCGUGUUCAGGAAGGAACUUAAUCGACUUCAUCACACAUUGUCUGGAAACACUGUGAAGUUGGACUGUCCAGUGGCUGGCAAGGCAAACAUCACUUGGACAAAGGACAAGAAACCUUUGCACCGCCAGCUUGGCCACUAUGUCCUGAAGAACUGGACACUGCGCUUCGUGGAGGCCACCAGCGAGGACUCGGGGAAGUACACCUGUGAGGUGUGCAACACCUGGGGAUGCGUCCACUUUGAGUUCAGCGUUCAGAUAAACAAUCGCAUCAGAUCCAAACCAAUAAUCGUGGUGCCACAGAAUCAGACAGUGAAGGUAAAUAGCAGCUUGGUGAUGAAGUGCACCGUCCACUCCGACCUACAUCCCACUGUCAGCUGGAAGAGGGUUGUCCUUAAGAACGCCUCGCUGGACGGGUUUCAGUCCGUAGAGAUCCAGAAUCUCAACUUCACCGUGACGAAAGACUCCGUUGUCUUGGACCUGCACAAUGUGACCUACAGCCAUGAAGGCUGGUACACCUGUCUGGCUUCCAGUGGCCUGGGAAGCAGCAACUCCAGUGUCUAUCUGAGAGUAGUGAGUCCUCUGCCGCCCUUGGAGAUCUACGCCCUGGUCCACGCCCAUCCGGUUGGGUUUACACUAGCAGCUAUUACGAUCGUGGCUGUCUUCCUGUUGGGCAGUGCUUUUAUAACGUUCAUGCUACGCCGGCUGAGGAGGGAGAAGCUGCUGAAGCUCCGCAUCGAAACAGUUCAUCAGUGGACCAAAAAGGUAAUCAUAUACCGGCCGGGGGAAGAAGAAGGAAGUGGCUGCAGCUCCGGAGACUUACAGAUGCCCGUGAUCAGGAUAGAAAAGCAGAGAACCACCGUUUCCACAACGGGAACGGGUGGUGCUGAUCCCGCCCAGGGCUUCAAUGAGUACGAGUUCCCGCUGGACUCCAACUGGGAGAUUCCCCGGCAGCAACUCAACCUGGGUUCCAUUCUGGGCGAGGGUGCCUUCGGACGCGUCGUUAUGGCGGAGGCGGAGGGGCUGCCCAGGAGUCCACAUCUGGGCGAAACCAUAGUGGCCGUCAAGAUGGUCAAGGAGGAGCACACGGAUACGGACAUGGCCAGCAUGGUGCGCGAGAUGGAGGUAAUGAAGAUGAUCGGCAAGCACAUCAACAUCAUCAACCUGCUGGGCUGCUGCAGUCAGGGUGGACCGCUGUGGGUGAUAGUAGAGUUUGCUCCCCAUGGAAACCUUAAGGAUUUCCUUAAGAAACAUCGUCUAGGCGUCAGAGAGGUGCGGACUCGCUCCGAUGGAUAUGUGGAUGACAGGCCCCUGAUGCCGACAGAGCAGCUGGGCGAGAAGGAGCUCACCCAGUUCGCUUUUCAAAUUGCCCGAGGAAUGGAGUAUCUCGCCUCUCGAAAGUGCAUCCAUCGCGAUCUUGCGGCCCGAAAUGUCCUCGUCAGCGAUGGCUACGUGAUGAAGAUCGCCGACUUCGGGCUGGCAAGGGAUAUUCAAGAUGUGGAUUACUACCGGAAGGUAACUGUGGGCUUGCUUCCUGUCAAGUGGAUGGCACCCGAGUCGCUGAAAGAGCAGAAGUACGACUCGCGGAGCGACGUGUGGAGCUACGGAGUUCUGCUGUGGGAGAUCAUGACCUACGGGGAUCAGCCGUACCCGCACAUCCUGUCCGCCGAGGAUCUCUACAGCUACCUGAUCACGGGUCAGCGCAUGGAGAAGCCGGAGAAGUGCUCCCUUAGCAUCUACGUGAUAAUGUUACAGUGCUGGCUAAUAGAAUCUAGUGCGCGGCCCACUUUCUCGCAGCUGGUGAGGCGUUUUGAUGAUAUUUUGGAGGCGACGAGUAGCAAUCUGCAUCUUUCAAGGCUUUUUACGAUGGAUGAUGAGCAGGGCGAAGUUUUAGAGCAGUAUACAUACUUAUAAGCUCUAGUUAAACAGGAGACUAGAUACCAUACGAAUAAGUAAACUCAUCUCUUCAUUCUUUCUUCUAUUCAUCAUAGUGAUUGCCCAAAAACGUCGCAAAAGCAUAGAUGAUUCAGUGCAUGGUUUGUUAUCUGCCAACAAUAUGAAAACCUUU